GAUGUGGCUGUUUGUCCAGUUUCGCUGGUUUGACUUUUCGCAGCAGCGGAGUUUGCGGUUCCCUUCGCAUGCGGCGCUUGUGAAGCUCGUCGACCCGCGGUGGGGGUGCUCCCACACCGGCCACAUGCGCGAGACUUUCCUCCUCCCCCCUCCCCGGGACGUGUGACGAAGGGGUCGCCACACCGCAGAGUCCCCCCGGUGCGUCGGUCGGACGAGGCGGCAGGUGCACCCGGGAGAGGUCGGGCAGGAAACGGAGGGGGAGGGCAAAUCAACUGGUUGGCUUCUUCGUCCAUUGGCGAGCGCGUCUGUCGAGUCCCCGAGUCUCCUUCUCGUGCGCCUGCCGACCGACCGAGUGACUCCUCGGCCCGGGGAGACGACGGGGCUCUCCCCGGCCGCCGUCGCGGGACUCCGUCCUUUCACGGAGGAAGGAAGGAAGCAUGAUGGGCUUUUUGCGCCGGACGUUCAGCCUCCGCUCGAGGAGCCGCCGCCAGGCGAGCGAGAGGGACGAGGGGGACGGCCCGACCGGAGGAGGGAACCCCCUGCUCACGGCCCACCAGCAGCAGGUCGUCCACGCGCCCGCCGUGGUCACCGGCGGAGCGGCCGUGCACAUCCCGGCCGCCGGCACCGCGAGCAGCGCCAUCACCUGCCGGGUCCUGCUGCUGGACGGCUCGGACGUCAGCGUGGAUUUGCCCAGCAAAAGCAAAGGCCAGGAGCUUUUUGACCAAAUCAUGUAUCACAUAGAUCUGGUGGAGGCGGAUUACUUCGGGCUGCAGUACAUGGACCGGGGGGGGGGGGGGGGUUGGGAAAAGGCUUGCUCCUCCUCCACGCACGCGCACGCACAGAUGAUUGCGAUUGACUUGGCGAGUGUGCGUGGUGCAGCUCAUCACACCCGUUUUUCUUUCUUUUCUUUCCUCAGAUUGAAAUGUCCGUAUGAUGUCUCAGUCGAGCUGGCUGCAUAUUGUUUGCAGAGCGAGCUGGGCGACUGCGACCCUUUGGACCACUCGCCCGAGCUGGUGUCGGAGUUCCGCUUCGCUCCCAAGCAGAGCGCGGCCAUGGAGGCGGACAUCUUCGGCAGGUGGCUGGAUCUCAGGGGGACGAGUCCGUCUCAAGCCGAGAUCUCCUUCCUCAACAAAUGCAAGUGGCUGGAGCUUUACGGCGUAGAUAUGCACUUCGUUAAGGGGAGAGACGGCGGGGACUACGCGCUGGGUCUCACGCCUACUGGCAUCCUGGUGUUCGAGGGCUCCAACAAAAUCGGCCUCUUCUUUUGGCCCAAAAUCACUCGUCUGGACUUUAAAAAGAGUCGACUCACUCUGGUGGUGGUGGAAGAUGACGAUCGGGGCCGCGAGCAGGAGCACACGUUUGUGUUCCAGCUGGCCAGCGCCAAGAGCUGCAAGCACGUGUGGAAGUGCGCCGUGGAGAGCCACGCCUUCUUCCGCCUCCGCCAGCCGACCGCGGGCAAGGCGGGCCGCGGCGACUUCACGCGACUCGGCUCGCGCUUCAGAUUCAGCGGUAAAACGGAGUACCAGGCGACGCACGGAAGCCGGCUGAGGAGAGCCAGCACCUUCGAGAGGCGGCCCAGCAAACGAUAUCCCUCCCGCACGCAGUCGCUGGGCAAAGUCUCUGCCGUUUCGCCAGCCAAGCCGCCACGCAUCAGCCCCGAUCCCGGCCAACAUGCGUACCAGCACAACAUCCCGCCGGCGGCGCACGAGGCGUGGCGCCCGGCCCACUCCGCCUACACGCCCGCCGUUUACCUGCGGCCCUCCGGACACACGGCGCCGCACAGCUUCCCUCCGAGCGCUCCCGCUCGCGACCUCCAGCUGAGCGUGGAAGAGAACGAGGCGUCGUGUUCUGCCGAGCUCCGCCGCCGCCGCCGCCGCCGCCGCCGCUGCUGCCACGCGCACAGCGAAAUCCUGUGUCGGGCUUCGUCGGCGUGUCCGCGCGAGGCCGCCGAGUCGGACGGCGAGUGUCCCGCGUGGCCCUCGCUCUGCAUCAACAUGGACAACAAGGGAGAAGAGAAGCGGCUUUCGGAAAAAUCUCUCCACCCCUCCGCCGCUUCCUCGCCGGCGCUGCUUCCCAACCACCUCAAAUGUAACAUUCUUAAGGCCCAGAUGGAGGCGGCUUUCAGGAAGGACGGCUCAAUGAGUCCAAGAGGGAAGAACUCCGAUGUGCCACUCAAGGACAGGUAUCAAAACUCUUCGCAAGACUCGUCCGCGUCCAGUUUGCCCGCCGACAAAAUGUCCCCGAGGCCGGACGUCCGUUCGGCGUCCGAGAGGCUCCGGCCGCCGUCCGGCUCGUGCGCCAGCCGCAGGAAGCGUCUCGUCAGACAGUUCAGCUUUAACCAUGAAGAUGAAGACAACCUUCCGGAAGCUCUCGCAGCCAUCUCUUGUGAGAGCGCGGCCAAGUCCGGCUCGUCCGGCUCACUGGACCAACAGAUCCAGCCGUCCAUUUACCCGCAGGUGGACAACGUGCCAGCACUGGAAGUUGCUAGUCCGUGCCGUGUGUCCCCUUUGCCCUCUCCCCACCUCUCUCCUUCGUGCUACUGUAGCCCCCUCCCUCACUCGGCCCCUUACCUCGCAGCCCAUCACGACAGCGGAGAGGAAGCGAGGCUGGACCGAGAGAAGAUCCUGCGAGCCCUCUUGAUGACCGAGCUGUGAGCGCCUGUCGCCCGACGCCGUGAUGUGCGAAGCGGGACACCCGAAGCGUCGACUGCAAUCAACUUUUUUUUUUGGAUGGAUUCAUUUGCAAUAUGCAUUCAUAACGCAAGAAUGUGUAGAAGUACAGUGGCUACAAAAACUCCGCACUCUCCUGUUUUUUUGCAAGAUGAAUCAUUUCAAAACCUUUCCACCAUCACCACCUACUAGAGCAGGGGUGUGUAGACUUUUUAUACCCACUGAAUUUGCUUCAUGUCUUUCGAUUCGGGGGGGGGGGUUAAUCCAAUUCCUUGAUUGAUUGAAAAAAAAAGCAUUAAAAAUCCGAGUCAUCCUGAUUCAUUAUCAGUUCUACUGUUGCUCUUAUGAUUGAUUUCAUCAAUCAUAAUAGUGACUGUCUUGUUAGUAUUAAAACUUGAUCAAAAGUUGCAAGGUCAAAUGUAAAUCAAGGUCGAAUAAACAUGAGUCCAGGGUUAGAAUCGUAAUGAGUCAUUUACAAAUAAUGACCAUCAAAUUAGCUCUAUUGUCAAUUAUAAUGAAUAAUCCAACUUUUCAUUUGACAUGUUUUUUUUUGAAUCAAAUUGCUGUUGUCUUAAGUGUCCACUAGGAGGAGACAAACGCGCUCCACUGGUCAAAGAAGUGUUCAGUUCUGCAACUGCACUGUAGCCUGUCCUCGGUUUACGACGCAGUUGCGCUCCCACUGCGGCGACGCAACCCGACUUCGUACGUAAGUCUUGAAGCAUCGCUACCGCAAGCUUUCCAUAUGUCCCUUUUCUACGCUGCUGCUUAUCCUCGUUCGGUCAUCUCCGCUAAUAAUAAUGUAAUCAUGAAUGUAGAUGUAAUAAAACCGUACGCCACUUACAGUUCAGAAUCGAUAUUGAUCUAAAAUGAACAUCCAUGUCCUGGAAGUAAUGGCACGUGCACGCAUAGAACCCAAGUGGUGCUCAGCAGGCCUGGAUGAAAAAAGGGCCCUUUUUGCUUUUUUAUAUGACAGUGAUGCCUCUGUAUUAUUAUUAUUUUUUUUUUAUGUCACGAAAAGCCUACUCGAACAAAUGAAAUUGAUUUGGGGUUAAUCAGGGGCGGCAGCUGUGUGUUGACUCCAAUUUCUGAGUUUCAAUGUGAUUGCUCAAUUAUGAACAGAGCCACAUCCUCAUUUAGAAGAGGGUGUGUGCACUUGCACAACCACAUUUCAGUUUUUUGGUUUAUUUUUACUUACCCUCGCUAAAAUGUUGUUUUGUUUUUUUUUCUAUUGAGUUGGAUAGAUUACACGUUAACUAAUAGUGGAAAAAAAGUUUUUAAAUGAUUCAUCUUGGUCUCAUUUUUUUCUCAACAGAGGUGUGUAAACUUUAUUUCUGCUCUAGCUUCACGUCCCUUGUAAAUAAUUGUAUUAUUGAUUAUUGUGUUGACAAUGUUAACAGAAAUAAAUAAAUAAUGCCUCAUCCA